AUGACAUAUAAAUUGUUCAAAUCUAAAAUCCCCCGAGGUUCAUCGGCGGCUCGUGGCAGUUCUGCUAAAAGUGGAGGAGGAGGAGGUGGUUGGUUUGGUGGAGGAAGUAAAUCAAGUUCUGGAAGUGGGCAUUAUUCUGGAAAAUCUGGUGGAUAUCAUGGGGGGAGUGGUGGUGGAUUUUAUCGAUCAAAUUACCGUGAAAAAGGACUUGGCUCCCGUUCUCGUUCGGAUAUGUUUAAGAAUAUGAUUAUUGGGGCUGCAGCGGGUUAUUUGACUUAUCAAGCAGGAAAAGCAAUUAUUCGAUCAAUGUCUGCUCCAAUGACAUGGAAUAAUCGGGAUUAUUAUUGGGGAAGUCAAUAUUAUCCUGGCGGGACGCAUCAUUCAGACCGUACAAUGUGUAGAAUGCCACUUGAACCAGAUGAUCCCAAAUUUGGAAAAGUUUACAAUCCUGACGGUUCUCAACCAAAAGAAAUUGUUUGGAGUUGUCCUUAUAAUGAGGAAUGUUGUGGUUAUGAAUGUUGCCCUGGACGUGGAAGCGGCGGCGGAUCUGGGUACGGAAGUCGUUAUUGGAAUUCGGGCCCCGGACUUGGUUUUGGAACAAUUAUCCUGAUACUUCUAUUACUUUGUUGCCUUGCUUGUAUUAUCAAGGCAGUUUAUGACAAACGCAAAAAUAACAUGGGAAAUGCAAAUUUACAAAAUAAUAAAGGGGAAUAUCAGAGGGCAAAUGUCAAUUAUAACGAAAAUGCACAGCCUCCAGGAGCCCCUCCUCCCUAUCCAGCUGCACCUGAAUAUCCAGUACAUAUUGGUUUUAAAUAUCCACCUGCAUAA